AUGAAGUUGUUGUUUAAAUUACAGACUCCAAAAUCCUUGUGGACUCUGAAGCCUCCUAAUAGGACUUUCCAUGGACACCCCAGGCUGCUUGCUUCUGAUGUGUAUUCACAGUAUGAGUCUGUCAGGCGGGGUGAACAGGAAAUACCAAAGUACUUUAACUUUGCAAGUGAUGUACUGGACAAAUGGUCUGAGAUUGAAAAGGCUGGAAAGAGACCAUCGAACCCUGCCUUUUGGUGGACAAAUGGAAAAGGAGAAGUGAAGUGGAGCUUUGAGGAGCUGGGGUUCCUGUCUCGGAAAGUGGCCAAUGUGCUGACUAAAGUAUGUGGACUGCAGAAGGGGGACAGAAUUGUUGUGAUCCUGCCACGAAUCCCAGAAUGGUGGCUGGUGAAUGUGGCUUGCAUGCGAGCAGGAAUUGUCUUAAUUCCAGGAAUAUCCCAAUUAUCAGCCAAAGACAUAUUAUAUCGACUCCAGGCAUCAAAGGCCACGUGCAUCAUUACCGAUGACACACUGGCUCCUGCUGUGGACUCAGUGGCAUCCGAGUGUCAGUUUCUGAAAACCAAGCUAAUCGUGUCCAAAGGCAGUAGGGAGGGAUGGCUGAACUUCACUGACCUGUACAAAAACCAAUCUGCCUACCAUUCCUGCGUCAAAACAAGGAUUCAAGACUCAAUGAUUAUCUUCUUUACCAGUGGAACCACAGGUUCUCCAAAGAUGACUGAACAUUCCCAGGGUAGUCUUGGUUUCAGACCCCUUUUAAGUGAAAGGUACUGGUUGGAUUUGACUCCCUCAGAUAUAAUAUGGAGCACAGCAGACACAGGAUGGAUAGUAGCUUCACUGGCAUCUGUUUUUGAUCCCUGGGUUUUUGGAUCAUGCAUCUUUAUACAUCAGCUACCACAGAUUGAAUCAGCAGCCAUCCUAAAUACUCUCUGCAGAUUCCCCAUUGACACGCUGGUUGGUGCUCCAACAUUGUUCCGCAUGCUGGUGCAAAAUGAUCUCUCCAACUACAAAUUCAUGAACCUGAAGCACUGCAUGAGUGGAGGAGAGCCACUCAACCCAGAAGUCAUGGAGCAGUGGAAAAGCAAGACUGGGCUGGACAUCCAUGAACUAUAUGGCCAGACUGAAACGGGAAUAAUCUGCUCUGUUUUUAAAGGAAUGAAGAUUAAACCUGGAUCAAUGGGGAAGGCAGCUCCCCUUUAUGAUGUUCAGAUCAUAGACAAAAAUGCUAAUAUUCUGCCUCCAGGACAACAGGGGGAAAUUGCUGUCAGAUGCAAACCUAUAAGACCACUUGGUUUAUUCUCUGAAUAUGUAGAUAACCCUACGAAAACUGCAGAAAGUGAACGUGGGGAUUUUUAUGUCACUGGAGACAGAGGAACUAUGGAUGAAGAUGGAUAUUUUCAGUUUAUUGGCAGAGACGAUGACAUCAUCAUUUCUUCAGGAUAUCGCAUUGGGCCAUUUGAAGUAGAGAGUGCCCUGAUAGAGCACCCAGCAGUAGCAGAAACAGCUGUUGUCAGCAGCCCAGAUCCCCUUAGAGGAGAGGUUGUGAAAGCAUUUGUGGUCCUGUCCUCGACCUUUUCAUCCAGUGACCUGGAGAGCUUAACCUGUGACUUGCAGGAGCAUGUCAAGAAAACUACUGCUCCAUAUAAAUACCCUAGAAAGGUGGAAUUUGUCCAAGAGCUGCCAAAGACAGUCACUGGGAAGAUCAAGAGGAAUGAAUUAAGAAACAAAGAGUGGGGACGGAUGUAG